UACCACCAGCAUUUCCAUUAUUAGUGCCCCACUUUCUUUUUCUUUCCUUCACCUCCUCCUCUCGUUCUUUGACUUGACUUGAGUUGAGGGAGCGAGCCAGCCUCCCUCUCCCGCAAUUCGCACAAAUACCUCCUCCUCCUCCUCCACCGCGCUCAUCGCCGCUGCCCUCUAAAACCCCUCUUCCAAUCCAUCAUUCGCUCUCCCUAUCCCCUCCCUCCGUAAAUCAUAUUAAGACAGCCAGUCUCAUCGAUUCUCGCUGCUCUCUCUCCCUCCCAAGAUGGACGAUGAAGGGGGUUUGAGCUUCGAUUUCGAAGGGGGUUUGGACACCGUUCCCGCACAUCCAACUGCUUCCGUACCGGUUAUCCAAUCCUCUGUGCCCGCCGCCGCCGCCGCCUCUACUGCGGCUAAUUCUGCUAACCCUUCCGCCGCCGCACCCUUGCAGCAACCCUCCCAGCCAUCCGAUGGGAUGGGCGCUGGCGGCAGACGGAGCUUCCGCCAGACGGUUUGCCGCCACUGGUUGAGAUCUCUCUGCAUGAAAGGUGAUGCCUGUGGAUUUCUUCAUCAGUAUGACAAGUCUCGGAUGCCGAUUUGCCGGUUUUUUCGCCUGUACGGCGAGUGCCGAGAGCAAGAUUGCGUGUACAAACACACCAUUGAGGAUAUCAAGGAGUGCCACAUGUACAAAAUGGGAUUUUGUCCAAAUGGUCCUGACUGUAGGUAUAGGCAUGCUAAGAUGCCUGGACCUCCACCUCCUGUGGAAGAAGUUUUUAAGAAGAUUCAGCAAAUGGCUUCAUUCAACUCUGGAAAUUCAAACAAAUUUCAUCAAAAUCGUAAUAACAAUCACUCCCAGCAUACAGAAAAAUCUCAGUUUUCCCAGGGACCCAAUGGCACAAAUCAAGUAGGGAAAACAAACACAAUCGAGCCUGUUAACAAUCUGAAGCAACCACUGCAAGUACAGCAAUCUCAGCAACAGGGCAGCAAUGGACAAGUACAAAAUCUUCCUGAUGGUCAGCAAAAUCAAGCUAAUAGGACCGCUACCCCCCUGCCCCAAGGAACAUCUAGGUACUUCGUUGUUAAAAGCUGCAAUCGUGAAAAUCUUGAACUGUCAGUGCAGCAAGGAGUAUGGGCAACACAGCGAAGCAAUGAGGCCAAACUUAAUGAAGCUUUUGAAUCUAUGGAGAAUGUCAUUCUGAUCUUCUCAGUUAACAAGACUAGACAUUUUCAGGGUUGUGCAAAAAUGAUGUCCAGAAUUGGUGGCUAUGUUGGUGGAGGAAACUGGAAACAUGCUCCUGGGACUGCCCAUUAUGGUCGAAAUUUUGCGGUCAAAUGGUUAAAGCUCUGUGAAUUGUCCUUCGACAAAACUCGUCAUUUGAGGAAUCCAUUCAAUGAGAACUUACCAGUGAAGAUAAGCAGAGAUUGUCAAGAACUAGAGGCGUCAGUUGGUGAGCAGUUGGCAUCGUUGCUCUACCUUGAGCCUGACAGCGAUCUUAUGGCUGUGUCGCUUGCAGCGGAAUUGAAACGGGAAGAGGAGAAGGCAAAGGGAGUAAACAAUGAGAAUGGAACUGAAAAUCCGGAUAUUGUACCUUUUGAAGACAACGAAGAAGAGGAGGAAGAAGAGAGUGAAGAAGAGGAGGAAGAGCUUGGACAGGGCUUUGAGGCUCAAGGCAGAGGCAGGGGCAGAGGAAUGAUGUGGCCUCCUCACAUGCCUCUUGCACAUGGUGCUCGGCCAUUUCCUGGGCGUUUCCCCCCUAACAUGAUGGGUGGUGAUGGAUUUUCAUAUGGGCCUGUAAACCCUGAUGGCUUUCCAAUGCCUGGCCCUUUUGGCAUGCCCCCCCGUGGCUUUGGUCCAUAUGGUCCAAGAUUCUCCGGUGACUUUGCAGGUCCUGCCCCUGGCAUGAUGUUCCCUGGUCGACCAUCUGGGUUUGGAAUGAUGAUGGGCCCAGGAAGGCCUCCAAUGGGUGUGAGUGGAGGUGGUGCUGCUGCUGCUGCAGUAAGAGGUGGCCGGCCAGUUGGUAUGCCGCCUCCCUUUUAUCAACAGCCCCCACCACCGCCAGCCCAGAAAGUCAAGAGAGAUAAUGAAGCACCAUAUGGUGACAGGAAUGAUAGUUCAAAUCAAGGCAAGGGACAAGAUGUUGGUGGAAUGGAUGGUGAUGGGGGCCUGAAUCAACAGCAGAGAAGGAGAGCUCCUCCCCCUCCUCCUCCACAACAAGAGGAUCAUUAUAACAGUGGUGGUGGGAAUGGUUACAGGAAUGAAGAAAGCGAGAGCGAUGAUGAGGAUGAAGCACCAAGAAGGUCGAGGCAUGGUGAAGGGAAGAAAAAGAGGCGGAGCUUAGAGGCAGCAGAAUCAACCGCCAUCUCUGGCACCCAGAUGUUGUAGAAGAGCAUAGGAAUGAUUGAUUCAUUUGAUUGGGGGGGGGGAUGGGGGGGGGGGGUGCUUGCAACAGUGUAUUGCCUGCUGCUAUGUGUAAGCUUUUGUCCUUGUUGGAUGGAAAGAAUGUUUGUUUACAGCCUCACAAAAUGGCACAUUACUGACUGACUGACUGACUCGGUUUGGAUUUGGUUGUACUGAAUUGGGAAGAGAGAGAUUAGAGAGAGAGAGAGAGAGAGAGAGAAAGGGAGGGAGAGAGAGUAGUAGCUUAGCUUCCUUUCCAUUACUCAAAAAUUUGAUUUGAGUUUAAUAUGUUGUAACAGUUGGGCGGGUGGCGCGCACACAUUCCAAAUCAAAAUUCAGCAAAAGAAGUGUAUUGAGUAUGGGAGAA